AUGGUCAAGUCUUAUUUGAAAUUCGAGCACCGCAAGACUUUCGGCCAGAUCUGCACCGCUACUGCCAACGUUGUUUGGGACCCUUCUGCCGCCCAUGAGGACUCGACGAGCAGAGGCGGUGCCGGGCGUGCCUACGUCGGAGCAAACGAAGACGUCCUUGUGUGGGACUUGAAGAAAUCCGAAAGAAUAGACGUGUGGAAUGUUGAGGAUAACACUGCUUUGGUCACGGUCAUUUGCAGAAGUCACGUUGACCCGGAUGUCUUUGCGGUUGGCUACGAAGAUGGCAAGAUUCGUAUCUGGGACUCGAGAACGGCAACGGUCAUAAUCACUUUCAAUGGACACAAGACUGCAGUUACGCAACUUCGAUUCGAUCCCUCAGGAGUUCGCUUGGCCAGUGGCUCCAAAGACACCGACAUUAUAGUGUGGGACUUGGUUGCAGAAGUAGGCCUGUACCGUUUACGAGGGCACAAGGAUCAAAUCACUUCGCUCAACUUCCUUGCAGGAGACGACACUGAUUCAUUGGAAGACCGCUCCCCACCAGGCGCACACGAGAACCCGGCCUCGGACAACUUCCUCCUCUCUACCAGUAAGGACGCCCUAAUCAAAUUGUGGGAUCUUUCUACACAGCACUGUAUCGAAACCCAUGUAACGCAAACGAAUGGAGAAUGUUGGGCAUUGGGUCUCACAAGAGAGCGCGGUGGCUGCAUAACAGCGGGCAACGAUGGAGAGCUUAAGGUGUGGUCGAUCAACGCAUCUGUGAUGAAGCAAAAGCUGAGGACGAGCCACCAAGAAGGCCACAAUAUUCUCCAAGAGCGUGGGACAUUAUACCGGCAUGGCCGAGAUCGACCGUUGGCGGUCAGCUUCCAUCCCCGUCGAGAUUUCAUCGCGGUACAUGGUUCUGACAAAGCCAUUGAACUGUUCCGCAUCCGCUCCGAAAGUGAAGUACGAAGAAUACUGACCCGGAAGCGCAGGAGAAGAAAAGAAAAAGGAGGGACCGCUGCGGAUGUGGAUCUGGGAGCGGACCUCGUCGACGACGCAGAAACCUCGACCGAGAUCUCAAGCGCCGCCGCUGCAGACAUAUUUGUCCCAUAUGUUAUUGUACGAACCGGAGGAAAAGUUCGAUCGAUGGACUGGGCUCGACAAAAGUCCGGGAAAUCCAUUCAGAUAUUGGUGGCUACCUCGAACAAUCAGCUGGAGCUCUUCGACAUCACGGCAUCGGACAAGAAGAAAUCGAACGAAGCGCCCGACUAUGGUCGGACUCUCUCGGUGGACAUGCCUGGACACCGUUCAGACAUCCGCUGUGUCGCUUUGAGUUCGGACGAUAGAAUGCUUGCAACGGCCUCCCAUGGUAGCUUGAAAAUAUGGAAUACCAGAACACAAACGUGUCUGCGCACUCUGGACUGUGGGUACGCUCUUUGCAUGGCUUUCCUGCCCGGUGACAAAAUCGUCGUGGUGGGGACUCGAGAGGGCACUCUGGAAGUGUUUGACAUUGCCGCGUCGAAUUUGCUCGAGACUGUCAACGCUCAUGAACAAGAUAUUUGGUCGCUGCAGGUGAGCCCGGACGGCAAAUCCCUAGUCACGGGAUCAGCCGACAAAAGCGCGAAAUUCUGGCAGUUCAAGGUGGUUCAGGAAGAGGUUUUGGGAACGACCCGAACGAAUGCCAAAUUGACCCUUGUACAUUCGCGAACAUUGAAGGUCGCCGACGACAUAUUGAGUGUCUGCUUCUCACCCGACGGGAAACUCCUGGCGGUCAGCACUCUCGAUAACACCGUGAAGGUAUUUUUUGUGGAUUCGCUCAAGCUUUUCCUGACUCUUUAUGGACACAAACUGCCCGUUCUGAACAUGGACAUCAGCUAUGACAGUAAGCUGAUCGUUACAUCCAGUGCGGACAAGAAUGUUCGAGUGUGGGGUUUGGACUUUGGUGACUGCCACAAGGCCUUCUUUGCCCACCAGGACAGCAUCCUCUCGGUUCUCUUCGUCCCCAACGAUAACGAAGGAAAUGGUCACCAUUUCUUCUCGGCAUCCAAGGACAAAGUCAUCCAGUACUAUGACGCCGAUAAGUUCGAGCAAAUUCAAAGGCUAGACGGUCACCACGGAGAAAUUUGGGCAAUGGCGAUAGCUCAUUCAGGAGAUUUUCUGGUUAGCGCCAGUCACGACAAAAGCAUCAGGAUAUGGCAGCAGACCGAGGAGCAGAUAUUUCUCGAGGAAGAACGGGAAAAGGAACUCGAAGAACUCUACGAGAAUACUCUGUUGACCUCUCUUGAAAAUGAUGCAGAACAAAUUGACGGCGAGGCUGACGGCAUCGAAGCAACGGCGGCCGGGAGACCAACUGCGCAAACACUGAUGGCUGGGGAGAAGAUCGCAGAGGCGCUCGAGGUGGGCUUGGACGACCUCAAACUAAUGCAGCAAUACGAAAAAACAAGGCAAACGAACCCGAGAGUCGCACUCCCUCAACGAGACGCUGUCUUCCUGGCCAACAAUAAUGUCGCAGCUUCGGUCUAUGUGUUGAGUGUCUUCCAAAAAAUACCGUCCGCAUCUCUUCAGGAUGCGCUUCUUGUCAUCUCUUUCUCCCAACUCCCGGCACUGUUCACAUUUCUUGCUCUCUGGGCGGAGGAAGGACGAAGCAUCCCGUUGACAUGUCGGAUCCUAUUCUUCAUGCUCAAGACCCACCAGAAGCAAAUCGUCAGUAGCCGGGUGAUGAAAUUGAUGCUCGAGGAGGUGCGGGACAAGUUGCGGCAAACUCUUCAGAAGCAGAAGCAGGAUCUCGGUUUCAAUCUCGCCGGACUCAGAGUUCUGGGUCGCCGAGUGCGGGAAUUAGGCGAGAGUGAUUAUGUCAAUGAGUCGACGUGGCAGACCGGUCCGCCGUUCGACCUGCAUCGAGGCAAGAAGAGAGAGUUUGUCAACGUGGCCUGA